AUGGCCCUUCUGGUCGCCGCGCUCUUCGCCAGCUCGCUCCCGUCCACGAACUGUAUUAUCUUGGGUUGGGCUCCUGGAUCUGGGGGACUCCCAUUGCCCUCCAUCGGGCCUGCUUCCCCUUGUCCGGCCACCGCUUCUUCUCCCGCAUACAUAUCUGUCUUCUCCAAACACCAGCUGCGGACAAAUAGCCGAGCAUACUACAUCUGCCGAGGAGCGAGAGAGGCCCAACGGCCAGCCCGCGCAUCCCCAACCCGCACAGGCGCACACCACACCCUCACCAGUACACCCUCUUCGCUUGGACCGCCCGCCGAGCUCGAGAAGGCCGCCGGCGCGCCGGCCCUGUUCCCGUCGUUCGUGCUGCCCUCGCGGCCGAGGCUGGCCGACGGCGGCGCCGGGCCGGCCUCGCCCGGGUGCAACCUGGCGCAGCUGAUCCUGCAGCAGAAGGAGACGCGCGACGGCCGCAAGGGCUCGCUGCCGAAGGCCUUCUUCAUCAAGCCCGGCUCGGGCCCGGCCUCCGAGAAGGCGCUCGUCACCGCCACCAGCUCCCAGAUCGUCCGCUCGCCCGCCGACUUCGACUUCCCGCCCCUCGAGCUCGUCCCGCCGCACCCCUUCCACCACGACGGCCCCCCCGCCCGACCCCUCGUCGCCCCGCUCUCCCGGCCCACCUUCGCCGCCCCCGGGAGCGCCGCCUCGCCCCACCAGACCGGCGCCGAUGCCGACACCCAGGCCCAGCUGGCCUGGCUGGGCUACCACCAGGAGCUGCGCAGGGACUGGGACUUCUGGGCCUCCCUCUCCCUCUCCACCCUCAACAUCGGCACCAUCCCCGGCGCCUUCCUCGGCAUCCUCACCGCCAUGGAGUGGGGCGGGCCCUGCGUCAUCUUCUGGGGCUACCUCCUCGGCAUGGUCAUCGUCCUCUGUCUCAGCGCCGUCGUCGCCGAGAUCGCCUCCGCUUAUCCCGUCGCCGGCGCCAUGCUCACUUGGACGUUCAAGCUGGCCCGCGCGAAUCCCAAGCUGAGGGACUGGGCCCGGUUCAUCAGCUGGCUGGUCGGGACGCUGCUGUUUGUGGCGCACGUGGUGGUGCAAGUGGCGCUGACAUCGCAAUGCACCCUGAUGGUCGUGAGCGUGGUGAACCGGUUCUACCCGAGCUGGAUCAUCCACUCGGGCUGGCAGACGUUCCUGCUGAACGCCGGGCACCUGGUGCUCUGCGGGCUGCUGCUCUGCACGGCGCCGAUCCGGUCGCCGCGGCUGUGGAAGAUCCUCGGGGCGCUGUCGGUGGUGCUCUACGUGCUGAUCUGUGUCGGCCUGGUUGUCGGCCCCCGGCUCGCCGGCUUCCACCACCACGGGCCGAAGCACCUCGCCCGGAUGCUGGUCACCUUCCACAACGACACGACGUUCAAGUCCAAGGGCGCCGCCCUCGACGCCUUCGUCUUCCUCAUGGGCACCUCGCUCGUCUCGCUCGCCUUCGGCGCCGAGGCCUCCGCCCAUCUCGCCGAGGAAACCCGCGCGCCCGCGGCCACCGUGCCCAAGGCCCUCUUCGCCAGCACCCUGCCCCCAGGGCUGCGAGCUGACAUCUGUGGGCGGCGAGACCAGGCGCUGCUGCCGCUGACGCCGAGGGAGGCGCAACACAAGCUGCACCUGAUCGAGAUGAUCUUCACGCACUGCACGCCGCCGAUUGCGACGAUGAUCCUGGUGAGUCUGCUGCUGCUGAUGUUCUUCCAGGACGUGGCGCAGCUGUUCGCGGCCAGCCGGUUCACCUGGGCGCUCGCCCGGGACAACGCCUUCCCGGGCUCGAAGAUCUGGCGCAAGGUCUCCGGCAGCUGGCGCUCGCUGCUCACCCACGCGGCCGACGAGCCCGGCAGCGCCCGCCGGAUCCCCCGCAUGGCCAUCGUCCUCCUCGUCGCCUGCGGGCUCGCCACCGCCGCGGCCAUCGAGUUCCGGGAGGGCAUCUUCUCCGACUCCCUCAUCACCUCGGCCACCUACCUGCUCGUCUUUUGCUAUCUGGCGCCCCUGUUGAUCUAUCUGACGUGCGACCCGGAUGUGCUCGAGUACGACGGGCGGAAUGUGUGGCGGAUCCCGAGCCUGAGCCGGCCGUGCACCUGGGUUUCGCUGCUCUCGCUGAUUGUCGUCCUGCUGCUGAUGGCGUGUCCGCAUGGGCUGCCCAUCACGCUCGAGACCUGGUCCUGGUCGCCGCUCAUUACGCUCGUGUUCACGCUGGCGUCGAGCAUCGGCUGGAUGACCUACGGCAGCAGCCGGUACAUCGGCCCGAUCAAGUCGAUCACCUUCUGGACCACCGGCCAGGAGGUCGACUUCCCCCGCCCGCCCCAGUUCGGCCUCGCCGGCCUCGACAAGUCCGCCCCCGCCGACGACCCCGCCGCCGCCAGUCCGCGCUCCCCGCCGGCCAUCUUCAAUCGCCCCGCCCGGCCGCCCGCCGACAGCCUCGAAAGCCUCGCCUCCGACGACGACGACGACCGCGCCCAUUGGCCCAUCACGAUCACCAGGACCACCGUCACCGAGGUCUGCACCGCCCCGUCGAUCAUCUGCAACAGAUAG